AUGACGUACUUCCGGCGCGCUGCUCAGCUGGGUGAGCGAGGGCGCUCCCGGGUCGGGGUCCGGGUCAGGGACGGGAGCCGGGCGAAGAGGGUGGACUCAGUGAGCCGGUGCCCUCUUCGGAACCAGCUACAAGGCUUUGGCCGGCCAACUGUUUGCCAUGCUGCUAUUGUCAUCUUCCUUGAAUUCUUUGCAUGGGGCCUGUUGACAACUCCAAUGUUGGCUGUUCUACAUGAAACAUUUCCUCAACACACAUUCCUCAUGAAUGGUCUCAUUCAAGGUGUAAAGGGCCUGCUCUCUUUUUUGAGUGCCCCACUCAUAGGCGCCCUCUCUGAUGUGUGGGGAAGAAAACCUUUUCUCCUUGGCACAGUUUUCUUCACUUGCUUCCCUAUUCCACUGAUGAGGAUCAGCCCAUGGUGGUAUUUUGCGAUGAUUUCUGUAUCUGGAGUCUUCUCAGUUACAUUCUCUGUGAUAUUUGCCUAUGUAGCUGACAUUACUCAGGAGCAUGAACGAAGUACUGCUUAUGGAUGGGUCUCAGCCACCUUUGCAGCUAGUCUGGUCACCAGCCCAGCCAUUGGAGCAUACCUUUCUGCCAGUUAUGGAGACAGCCUUGUGGUGCUAGUGGCCACAGUGGUGGCUCUUCUGGACAUCUGCUUCAUCUUGGUGGCUGUUCCAGAAUCUCUGCCAGAAAAGAUAAGACCAGUUUCCUGGGGAGCUCAGAUUUCUUGGAAACAAGCAGACCCUUUUGCGUCAUUGAAGAAAGUUGGAAAAGAUUCUACUGUCUUACUUAUCUGUAUCACUGUGUUUCUUUCAUAUCUUCCUGAAGCUGGACAGUAUUCAAGUUUUUUUCUGUAUCUCAGGCAGGUCAUAGGUUUUGGAUCAGUUAAAAUUGCAGCAUUCAUAGCUAUGGUGGGAAUUCUGUCUAUUGUGGCCCAGACGGUCUUUCUUGGCAUCUUGAUGAGAUCACUGGGAAAUAAGAACACUGUUCUCCUUGGCUUGGGCUUCCAGAUGCUGCAGUUGGCAUGGUAUGGUUUUGGAUCUCAAGCCUGGAUGAUGUGGGCAGCAGGGACUGUGGCCGCCAUGUCCAGCAUCACAUUCCCAGCAGUCAGUGCCCUCGUCUCUUGGAAUGCAGAGCCAGAUCAACAAGGAGUUGCCCAGGGAAUCAUAACUGGAAUAAGAGGACUAUGUAAUGGCCUGGGGCCAGCACUGUAUGGCUUCAUAUUCUACAUGUUCCAUGUUGAACUGACCGAGUUGGGACCAGAAUUGAAUUCUGGCAGUGGUGCCCUACAGGGAGCUGUCAUCCCAGGCCCACCAUUUUUAUUUGGAGCGUGUAUAGUUCUUAUAUCUUUUCUGGUUGCCUUAUUCAUCCCUGAAUACCGUAAAGCCAGUGGAGCUCAGAAACACAGCAACAGCAUUGGUGGUAGCCUGACCAACACCCCAGAACAGGGCAGUGAUGAGGACAUUGAACCACUGCUGCAAGACAACAGCAUCUGGGAACUUUCCUCCUUUGAGGAACCUGGGAGUCAGAGUACUGAGCUGUAACCUGGAGAAGAGGAGUUCUGCAGAUGUCAACUCUCAGAGCCUUCAGGGGAGCCACACCCCAUGGAGACUUCAUGGUGCUGAAGGGGCCAGGUUGAUAUGUGAUUCCUUCUUCCUUCUACCCCCUAUCUCUCCCGCCUCUUGUUCUUUCUUUCCAUUCUUUUUCUGUUUCUAUGUUAGAACAAGGUAAGGUUUGAAAUACUCUGCAGAUAGUGUGCCGCUGUCAAGGUUAUCUGGAAUCCCAACUUUGAAUAUCAAUUAAAAAAGGUCAUAUCUCUCAGAAAAAAUGGCUUUUUGCUGGGCAGAGUGACACAUGCCUGUAAUUCAAGCAGUCAAGAAGCUGAGGCAAGAGGAUCACAAGUUCAAGACUGGCCUGGACUA